AUGUUCACGAAUAAUAGUUCAACUGGGAAUGAUGAUUCUUUUAUUAAUGCUGAAAUUUCUCUACCUCGUCCUAUUCGUUUCUGGCUUUUUAUUUUAUCCGAUAUUCCAUCGACUAUCUGUGCUUUAUGUAUCAUUGUUCAUAUAAUUACCAAUCCUACUCAAAGACGUUCAUUACAUAAUCAUACAAUUUUUCUUGUUCUUAUAUUUAACUUACCCAUUCAAUUAAUUGAUAUUAGUUUUUAUCUUGUUUUUUUUCAUCAUGGUUCUGUAGAACCAUCUCAACCUAUCGUAUGUCUCAUUUGGUGGUUAAUUGAUUUCGGUUUUUACAUUGGAAGUAUUAUUCUAAUGGCAUGGCUUGCAAUCGAACGGCACAUUUUAGUUUUUCAUGAUCGAUGGAUUGCUAAUGGACGUGGACGAUUUCUUAUUCAUUACUUACCUAUGAUUAUUCUAGUUAGUUAUAUUCUACUUUUCUAUAUUAUAUGUAUUUUCUUUUUACCUUGCGUAAAUGAUUAUAAUUACACUCUGCCUGUAUGCAAUGGAGUUCCAUGCUAUCAAUCUUAUGGUAUUCUUGGCAUGUGGGAAUUCACUGUUAAUACUAGUUUACCACUUAUUGUUGAAUUCUGUGCUAGUAGUUCUUUUAUUAUACGUAUUGUACGGCAAAAACAACGUCUUCGUCGUUCUAUUCAAUGGCAUAAACAACGUCGAUUGACAAUUCAAUUAUUAUUAAUGUCAACUAUAAAUAUGAUAUUUAAUUUUCCAAUAUCUUUUAUUCCUCUUCUUCAUCAAUGUGGUCUACCACUGGAAUAUGGUGUUCAAGCUGAACUUUAUUUCUUUUUUCUUGGUUAUUUUGUAACUUUUCUCUUUCCAUUCGUAUGUCUAGUUCAAUAUCCUGAAUUGAGAAAAGAAAUUAAACAGAAAAUAUUCUGUACAACUGCACGAGGCCCUCCACAAACUACUACUGGUGCACCUGCACUGAUGGGUACACGAGUCGGAACUAUUGGAGGAUCAAUCUGA